GCCACAUCACUUCCGUAAUCUUCGAACAGCAACAAAGGAGAUCAGAUUGUCUUGUAAAACUUCUGCUAUAAAGCUUUUCAAUGCUAUCUGGAGUGCCAAAGGGGGAAAACGUUCAGGUGGACAUGGACGGCAAGGCUGGAGAUCUGUUCAGUGCUGAGGAUGCUCAUCCAACUGGCACAGGAGGCACUGGGGUGCUGUCAAGGCAUGAACCUCUAAGCUUUUACUUUUCAUCUCAUGUGCACACAAUGUGGCUCCCUAAAGGCAUCUCAGCCAGCGUGGCCAAAGAGUGGUUCGACAGACGCAGGCUGUCCAUUCGACCGUGGGCCAGUUUUGUAGACCAACGCAAGUUUUCAAAGCCUCGAAACUUUGGGGAGUUGUGUAAGAGGGUGGUGAAAAAUGUGGAAGUUUACAACAGCAACUAUACCUUCAUAUUUCUGGGUCUCAUUCUCUACUGCAUUAUCAGCUCACCCAUGCUGCUGAUUGCCUUAGCUGUGUUUGCUGGCGCCUUCUACAUAAUCCACCUCAAGUCUUUGGAGUCCAAACUGGUUGUUCUCGGCAAAGAGUUAACUGUUCCUCAUCAGAUGAGUCUGGCUGGACUCGUCUCUCUGCCCGUUUUCUGGUUGGCUGGAGCUGGAGCUGCAGUGUUUUGGAUUCUUGGAGCAACGCUGUUUGUGAUUGGUUCUCACGCUGCGUUCCGAGAGCUAGAGGGAUCAGACUUGGAUGAACUCCUCAUGGAGCCCGUGUAAAGAGCCAGGUGGUCCAUCGGCGGGUGCUGGUUAACGAUCAGUCAUCUUUUUGACCCUGUGAUUGAGUCAUUUUUAAGGGUUUGGUGUAAAAUUGCUCUGAGACUUGUUUCCCUGCUUUAUCUGGGUCCUCUAUUCUUUGUAUUUAUCGUAGGGCAUUGUAUCAAGACAACACCUUAUGUUGCAUGAUAAAUGAACUUUGUUACACUCAUUUGUUCACAUAACUUGCACAUAUACACAAAUAAUGAAUUUCUUAAUCAUUAAAGCACAUUUCCUGUCAGAAUUGCCUUUGCAUAUAUUAAACCCAUGAUGCCUCUGGUUUGUGUCUUGUUGGGAUGUACCCAGGUACAACUGUUAUAUAUUUUCUGCUUUAGACACAACAUCUUGCUAAAUUAAAUCUGUACAUUUUUGAUAACUAAUUUCUACAAAUCAAGUCCCGUUUAAAAUUUUAGAAUAAUGUCUCUACAUCAUGCACAAGUUUGUUUUUAAUUGAAGAAAAUGCAUAAAUUAAUUUGAGAUGAGCUUCUAGAUUAUUAUUUUUUUUUAAUUCUUGGUAUUUUGUGUUGGAUAAAAUAUGCUGAUGAUUUUCUGCAUAUUUAUUAGAUCUGCUUGGAACAUUCUGGUCUGAAAGGUCAUGGAAAACACGUUUUAGAAGUUCAGUAUUUGUUUUACAUUUGAUGUAAAUUGAGUGUUUUGUAUUUAAAAUUCGGAAGUGCAAUAAAC